UCCCACCAAAAGCAGCUUCGCUCGCCAGAGCCUUCUCAACGCAGACAUGGGCCGGCAGUGGGGGCUACUGGCAGCUGCGGCCUGCGCUUGCACCUUGCAAGGUUGCUCUUCAGACGUGCAAUGCUUCCGCAGUGCCAACCAGGUUUGCUACAAGGAAGGCUUUGAGGAGGCGAAGGCUAGCUGCAUGCAGAACAGUACCGCAGGUACCAGGUAUGCUGAGGGCUUCGACGCCGGCUUCAAGAAGGGACAGGCAGACAUCAAGGCGGAAAAGAAGCCCAGCGGCAACUGGAGCGACUAUGCCAGGAAUCUCGUGAUUGACUUUGCGCUUUUGAUCCUGAUUCUUGUGGUGAUCGGCAGGGUGGAGAAGAUGUGGUACAAGCCGCAGGACAAGGUGAUUUGGGGCCACGGGGCGAUGACCAUGGCCUUUGAGGGCCCAGAAAGUUCCCCGGGCUUCUUCGGCCGCCUCUUCGGCCCGAGCGGCCAGACGAGGCCUGGCAACGAAUUCUUCCCCACCGCUGGUGUGCUUGCCUCAAAAUGAGGCAUUUGCUCGUUUCACGAGCCAGCUCAAGAGUUCACUCUUGGAGGGACGAUGCCUACGAAGCAGCGCGCAGACACCAGCAACACUAAGGCAGCAUGCUUAUCGCUUGCUGAGCUCGGGUGCAACAGUGCCACUGUGCUCAAAAAGGCGUGAUGGAUUAGCA